GAUUGAAGAUGAGUUUAACAACCGCCACAACGUCACGCCACGCAAAUGGACCCAGCUCGAGAAAUGUUGGGAAAACAUGAAAGACAACUGGCGAAGGAGGAACGCUGAAGACAUGCGGGAACGGUUUGCGACAGGUGGCGGAACACCACCGUCAAGCGAAAUGACCGACGAGCUGCAGCGCGUAGGAGACAUCGCUUCACAGAUGGCUGUUCGUCUGGCCAACCCCUGCGACAGCGACCGCAGCCGGCAUGAUGCUAUGCCCGGAGGAUCGCAGUCCUCGAACCAGCUGUGCACACCUUCUGUCGCUGCACUGCUGUCGCAGACCCAAGCCACGCCUCUGGAAGAGUCCGGUGGUUGUCAAGACAUGUACGACGGGGCAACAGACUCCUAUUCAUGGGAAGAGCCUAGCAGUCCGCUGGAAGAGUCAUCACCAAUUCAUUCACGUCCCCAUGGCCAAGUACAGGAUGCUGCAAUGAGCAAACCGUGCUAUGGCGGUGGUGCAAGCUUAUCAGAGGCUGCAGCUGGAGCACCCACAACAACUUCCGGAGCCGCUUCAGCUGCAACUGCCAGCGCCGCUGUGCCAGCUGGCACGAAACGCACUUCAACCAGCGGCAGCCAGAGGCAAACGGCUGUCUCAAUCGAACUGGGUGCCCGCCUGGAUGCCAUCAAAGAGGACCGCGAGGAAAAGAAACGAGAGCAUUUAUUGAGGUUGAAGUUCAUGCGGAUCGAACACAAACAAAAAAGAGCGCAACACAAUGACACAAUGGAGCUUUUUCGGUUAUAAAUAGCGAAUCAGAAGGCCAAGGCACAAAUGCUAAAGCUUCAGCUAGACAUAAUGAAAAAACAG